AUGCCUCGAAGCAAAGAAGGAUAUACUUGGACGCGCUCUGGGGAAAGCUUUGGCCUUGAGACAGAGGCCGUUGUCUCGGGCACCAAUCCAUCUCAAUUAAUGCACACAUACGACGUCAUUGUGAUUGGGGCCGGCUAUACUGGCCUUAUUGCUGCGCGUGAUCUCUCAAGGUUAUCCAAUGCCAAGGUACUCAUCCUAGAAGCUCGAGAUCGGAUUGGUGGACGAACUUGGACCGCCUCAGCCCUUGGGGAAGAUCUCGAGAUCGGUGGUACAUGGUUUCACUGGAACCAGCCGCAUAUCUUUGCUGAAGCACGUAGAUAUAACCUUCACAACAACAUCAAAACUUCGAACGGAACUUUCGGACCCGAGAGAAUAUAUUUUAAAGAUAGGCAUGGGAAGAUGCACAAGCUCUCAGAAUCAGAAGUGGAUGCUCGCAUUGAACCGAUUGCCCAAAAGUUCUUCAGUAUAGACGGUCUUUCAAGCCGGGAGUUGAUGCCCUAUCCCCAUGAUCCAUUCCAUCGUCCUUCACCAUGGACGAAGUAUGAUCAUCUGAGCAUGAAGGAUCGGCUCGAUCAGGUUGAUGGUCCUGAACAAGAUAAGGCGAUAUUCGAAGCAUUCAUGGGCACAAUUGGCAGUGACAUGGGCUCCAAGAUUGCCUUUGUCGAGUCACUCAGAUGGUUUGCUCUGGGAGGACAUACUGUUUCUGGCAUGUUUGAGAUCAUUGAGUCGUACAAGUUUGGACCUGGAGGUCAGACAAGAUUUGCUCAAAGCAUCCUCAAUGAAUACAGGGGCCAUCUGAAAUUCGAGAGUGUUGCGAAGAAAGUCGAAGAGACGCCUCGAGGGGUCAUUGUGUCCACUCGCGACGGCGAAUCCUACAAAGCAAAACACGUGGUUUGCACUAUUCCGCUAAACUGUUUGGGGGACAUCGAAUUUUCUCCAGCUCUCAGCCCUUUACGUCAAGAAGCGGUAGCUCUAGGCCAUCAGAAUAAAGGCAUCAAGGUUCACUUCAAGCUUUCCACCCCAGAGAAGGGUUGGCUCGCUGUCGCGGACCCAAAUGGCAAUGCUCCCUUCUGUCUUGUAUUCUCGGACCACAAUGGCACGGGCCAGAACGAGGGAGCCGGCACGUAUGCUAUCGGGUUUGGAGCUAACGACCGUGUCAUCGACAAAGAGUCGUCACAAGAAAUCAUUGCCGGUCUCAAGCACCAUUUCCGGCCCGACGUUGAGGUAGCCGGAUACGUUUCUCACGACUGGGUCAACGAUCCUUUUUCAAAAGGGACAUGGUCUAGUUGGACUCCAGGUUGUAUGACCAAAUAUCUCAACGAGCUGCAGAAGAACCAUGGUAGAGUGGUCAUGGCAAGCUCGGAUUGGGCGGAUGGUUGGCGAGGCUUUAUCGAUGGUGCUAUUGAGCGUGGAGUGUUGGCUGCUAAGCAAAUUCACAUAGAACUUACUACAGCUGGAGACAUUGAGUCUCGUCUUUGA